GGCUAGUCAUUUUCAUAACAACGAAGUUGAAACAAUUGAUUCUAAUUUUAGCUUUCGGAUUGUAUUUGUAUUAUCAGGUUGAGAUAGAUCCAGAUCAACAUGCAGCAACAAUGGAUGGAUAUGAACUUUGUCUAAUGCUGUUGUAAAAUAAAUAUUUUGUGGAGAAAAAUCUUGAAUGGAGAUUGCCAUGUAAUCUAUAUGAUGUGGUUGUUCCUCUGCUCUCCAUAAGCAUGUCUGGAAGUCAUAAAUCACCUUCCACAGACAACAGCCUGGGGGCUGGUCUGGACCAUGAAGAGAGCAAGACAGAAGAAGACGACAUCUUUGCACAGCUGGCCCAGAAAGAAAGAGACCUAAUUUUGGCUGCAGAAUUAGGAAAAGCCUUGUUAGAUUCCAAUCAGGAGCUGCAGUCUCGCUAUGACCACGUUGUUGAUGAUUUCACACACAAGAUGGAGGAUUUACAACAAGAGAAAUACAACCUUCACCUUGAACUUGAAAAAAUGGAGGCAGAAUAUCAAAAUGCUAUCAAAGACUUGCAAGAUGAUAUCAUAUCUCUCCGUAAACAGCUUCAAACAAAUGACGAUCUACAGAUCUCUGAGCGGGAGAGGUCUAGGUCCUUACGUGAAGCACAGCGUAACUCAGACUUUCUAGCAGAACAAGUGAAAAAAGCAGCUGUGAGAGAAGAGGAACUCUUGAGGGAACUGAAUGAACAGAAGGAGAAGAAUGAGUCGAGUUCAGCCACCAUCAAGGAUCAGAUGGACCAUAUAGCUAUGUUAAGAGACCAGGUAGAAUAUUUGAGUGAAAAAUUGAAGGAGACAAAUCAAAAGCUAAUAGAAGUUCAGGGGGAGAGAGACACACUGCUGAACUCUAUAGAGGCCACACAGGAGCAGAUCCAGUCCUUGGAGAGCAAGAUUUUACUGCAGGAGGAAAAGCUUCACCGGCAAGCCAACGACAUGGUAGAGCUGCAGGAGUCCAAUUCUGAUCUACAGCUUCAGCUUGAGCACCAGCAACAGCAGCCACUCUACCGCCACUACAGCAGCAGGGCAGGCAGUAAAGGGAACUUCAAUGGAAACAACCUGAAAAAUACCAGACCACAGACUCUGUUUUUUGAACUGACUCAGGAGAAACAUAAACAAUUCCAGCUACAACAGUCUGUUGAGGGAAGUAACAAGCAUUCCAGGGCAGUUCCAGACGCUAUGCCAUCAGGUGAACACACGUCUGAGAGGUCGUUGUUUGAUGAACUCAACAGCUCACAAGCCAAAGGUCGUGAGCUCAGUGCCACAUCACUGCUGGCGGAGUUUUCGACUCACCAUGGCCACUGUAGAAACGCCAGUGACUGCAGUUUGUCAUCACUCACCGAGGGCUCUCGCAAGCGCCACCACAACAAUAUUGGUGGGAGCAGCGAUGACGACUCAGAUGGAGGGGCAGACAAAUGCAACAGGAACAGCAACUGCAAGCAGACAGUGUACUCCAACCCUGAUGCCCCCUACCAUCACAGCUUCACUCUGGGGAAUGUCAACACAGCAUCCACGGAUAAAAAUGGAAACAGAGUCCUGUUGAUUGAGUCCUCCAACUUGGGGACAUCAAAGAGUGGCAUUAAAACUAUAUCUAAGUCUCCAGAACUUUUCCUCGAAUCACAAACAGCAUUUGACCCACAAGAUACUCUGUCUGACUCUUCCUCCUACUCCAAAAAUGUGACUGAUGACUCUCCGCAGUCUUUGUUUGCUGAACUUGACUCCUACAGUGGCACCAACAGCCCAGUCUUAUUCUCCGAGCUCAACGCUCAAGAAUAUGAGCUCCACUCCAGAAGUUUCCAGGAGCCCCAGGAGCAGUCUCUGUUUACUGAGCUCUCUUCCAGGUUGUUUGAUGAUAAAAAUGGGUCGGGGUCCGACUCGUCUUCAAACUGCAUGCUCGGCGUCUUCGACUUUCACUCAGGUGGGGAUUCUCACUCUCAAGAAGGGGAUCGUCAGAGCAAUGAAUCUUUGAAUCACUCAAUGGAAAUGAGAUCACGCUUGGAAUCUGAUUUGAGCUACACUAAUGACUGGUACUACAUGACCCCUGUUACUGCUGAGAUGCUGGAAGAAGAUGACUUUGAGUGUGAUGAUGAUGACUUUCUAGUGGGAAACAUGGUGGGAACUACCCUGUCCAUUGGUGAUGGAGGUGGUGGAACAAAUUUCAACUAUCAUUUCUAUGAUGGGCCUGUGGAUAUGGAGAAACACAGUACCCCGGAGAUGACUGAGGUCGACAGUCAUGACAAGAGCAAUGUCUGUGGCAAAACCAAAGAGCAGGUACAGCUGACAGAGGCCUGCAGGCAGCUUAAAGAACUAGUGGUGAGAAUCCAAGGGGAACCAGUUGUAGUUGAAGAAAAGGAGCAGGUUACUACAGAAGAUUUACUGGCCCUUGUUGCCCAGAUGAGAUUGUGUAUUGACAAACUGACCAAUGAAAAAGAAGAAGCUUUGACGAAAGCAGAUACAUUAGCAAAAGAACAGGGUGAAAAAGUUAUGGAGGAAAACAAAUGCACAAGUGUUUCAGUAAUAACUUCACAGACAGGGCUGGAUCCUAGAUGAGCUGAACUCAAGUAGGGGGAAGUUAAGUUGUCUUGCUGAUGGCAUUAGCUGUUGGACCCAAGAUGAACUGAACUCAAGUAGGGGGAAGUUAAGUUGUCUUGCUAUGGCAUUAGCUGUUGGACCCAAGAUGAGCUGAACUCAAGUAGGGGGAAGUUAAGUUGUCUUGCUAUGGCAUUAGCU